CCCACCUCUGGCUUAGAAUCACUGACAUUUAGACUCCAGGCUUCAACCUGUUUACAAGCGGGCUUUCCAAAGGAAAGGAGGGUGGGGGGAGGGAAAUAGGGCCAAACAAAACACCAACCGCCAUCCCCCCAAACAAGAAGUGACUUUCUGCAGGCUUCAAAUCAACAGGCACCACCAAAAAGAGAAAGCAAGAGAGAGAAGAAAACAGCGCUCGAGCCGGCAGCCGCCUCCAGUUCUGACAACUCCAAAGGGACGCACUUUUAGAACUGGGUAGCAGGCUGGGGCUCUGCGGAGAGGGACCAGAAGGUGCCAACCACAGACGGGCGCAGAUCUCUCCCGCAGUCUCCCACCCCAACCCCUUUGGGUUUUGUUCUCCGCGCUGUCAUCUGUUUCUCAGACCUUUUUUUUUUUCCUUUUACAUCUAACAUGGUGAAGAAAGGGGUGAAGAAGAGAACAAAGUAACUCCUGGGGCAGUGAAGAUCGCUGGUGACCAACCCCGCCACCUCCACCAAACAGCUCCUGCUACUGCGGCCACCCACGUCCACGAUUCACUGGGAGACUUGAGCGGCUCAGGGUAGCAGAUCCGAGAACGGAGCGAGGAGAGGCAGCCGGCCCUUCCGAGGAGUUAUGGAUGUUGGUGCAUUCACUUCUGGCCAGAUCCGCACCCAGAGGGAGCUAACCAGCGGCCACCACCUCCAGCUGUCUCCUUGCCUCGCACCAGGUCUUACCCUUCCAGUAUGUUCCUUCUGAUAAGACAAUUUCCAGUGCCGAGAGUUUCAGUACAAUGUGGAAAUGGAUACUGACACAUUGUGCCUCAGCCUUUCCCCACCUGCCGGGCUGCUGCUGCUGCUUCUUGUUGCUGUUCUUGGUGUCUUCUGUCCCUGUCACCUGCCAAGCCCUUGGUCAGGACAUGGUGUCACCAGAGGCCACCAACUCUUCUUCUUCCUCCUCCUCGUCGUCGUCCUCGUCGUCGUCGUCCUCCUCCUCCUCCUCCUCCUCGUUCUCCUUCCCUUCCAGUGCGGGGAGGCAUGUGCGGAGCUACAAUCACCUCCAAGGAGAUGUCCGCUGGAGAAAGCUAUUCUCUUUCACCAAGUACUUUCUCAAGAUUGAGAAGAACGGGAAGGUCAGCGGUACCAAGAAGGAGAACUGCCCGUACAGUAUCCUGGAGAUAACUUCAGUGGAAAUCGGAGUUGUUGCUGUCAAAGCCAUUAACAGCAACUAUUAUUUAGCCAUGAACAAGAAGGGGAAGCUCUAUGGCUCAAAAGAAUUUAACAAUGACUGUAAGCUGAAGGAGAGGAUAGAGGAAAAUGGAUACAACACCUAUGCGUCCUUUAACUGGCAGCACAACGGGAGACAAAUGUAUGUGGCACUGAAUGGAAAAGGAGCUCCCAGGAGAGGACAGAAAACACGAAGAAAAAACACCUCAGCUCAUUUUCUUCCAAUGGUGGUACACUCAUAGAGGAAGGCAAUGUUUGUGGGUGCAGUAGAACCAAAGGCUCUUUUGCCAGGAAUAGUGGGUGUUCUUCAUGAAGACAGUAACUCAAAAGACAAAGACGCAUUGCAGAUGUCUGCUUGCUUGAAAGAAAGGAAGUCUUUGAAGGUUGUUGUACUCACUGCUGACAUACGAUGUUCUUUUAAUUAGUUCGGUGUUAUGCCUUAUAAUCGAGAUAUAGGCAGAUCAAAUGGGAUGGAAGUUAUUCCUAAGUGAACAACAUUGUGGCUGGGUUUUUGGUUAAGGUUUUGUUUAUGUUUUUGUUUUUUAACUUCUGAAAUAGAACUUAAAGGACACGGAACAAUCUGUUGAAUGAUCUUCGGAAAAGUUAUUUAUGGAAUACGAACUCAAAUCAAAGACUUUCAUUGCUCAUUCAAGCCUAAUGAUUCAAUGAGCAGUAAGACACGCAAGCAUUUACUGGAAAGCACUUGGGUCAUAUUAUAUGCACAACCAAAGGAACUCUGGGCGUGGCAUCAUGGAAGCAUUGGACAGGAUUAAAAAAAUAUAAACACAUUAGUGUAAAACUGUUCUAACAAAACAAAUAGUAUGAUAUGCUUGUGCAUUCUGCCUUCAUCCCUUUCUAUUUCUAAGUUAUUUAUUUAAUAGGAUGUUAAAUAUCUUUUGGGGUUUUAAAGAGUAUCCUCAGCAGCUGCCCUCUGAUUUACCUUUUCUUUUUCUUCAGCACACCACAUGCAUGUUCGUGACAAAGUGUUUUUAAAAUUUGGCAAACACAUCAAGAAUAGGAGAUGCAAUGGGGGAAGCAGUGUGAGUGCCCGUGUACUAUCAGUGGACUUUAAUUUGCACUUCUGCAAUAAGAAGCAUCAACAAUAAAUAUGACAGUGCGUGGCAUGGCUUGAGUGAGAGAUGUCUGCCAUCAUCUAAAAGCAUGUAUCACUGCUAAGGCUUCCUUUCCUAAGAAAUAGACCAGAAGGCUAAAUUCUUCUCUUCCAAUACAUCAGUGGGUCUCUAAGAAUAUACUAAAAGAAGGAAAAUUAAUUGUUAAAUGCAUUUUAGUAGCCUAGCCUCAUUAUUUACUAACAAUUUUCUGCCAUAUGUCACAGUGAUAAGUGAUAAACAGGCUGCCUGCAAACAGAAGAACCCUUUAUACGUCCCAAAUAGUGCAUCUCCCCCAAAGAAACUAUCAAGGAAUUCGAGACGAAGUACAACUUUCCCAGGGGCUUAAUCUGAGAAAAUAUAUCCUGGUAUAUGUGUAACCAUAUACUGAAACCUGUUCAAGCUGUAUGAUCUAGUCUUUACAAAACCAAAUAAAACUUAUUCUCUGUAAAUUUAAAGAGCUUUGGGAGGUUCCAUAAUAUAACCACAUCAAAAUUCAGUUUGUUAGAGCAGGUACAGGGAAUAGUACAUAAGAGUCCGCAUCACUUUGUAUUCCACUAAAUAAAUGCAUAAGCCUUAUUUGCAAUGUCUGUAGUGAUGUUAAAAAUGUAGAAAAAUACUUUGUUCUAAAUACUUCAAGUGAUAACUAUAAGAGUAUCUUGAGGCUGCAGUUUUAUCUUCAUAUUUCUUGUUUUGGAAAAGUCUGGUUAUUGUUUGGACACAGUAUUUGGUUCAAGGAAAAGACUCACUAAAUGUGUCCUUUUACUAAAGUUUAACCUCUAUAAAGCCUGGUGUUUUGUGAUCUUCUCUUAUAACUUAAUUAUGUCAAUGCUUAACCAGCACUUUCAGUUAAUAUCUUAUUUAAGAAUUAGCUUUAUUAAGAAACUUUCCCAUAACAGGUGAUAGUUUUCUCAUUCCUUAAAAACGUUGGGAUUUCAAAACAAAAAUGCAUUUGAGACAGUGUUUUUGGCUUAUGGUUAAAGUCGCAUUUCCUGGGGCUUGGCUUCCAACUUGCCUUGUGACAAAUAGAAUACUAAACAUGUUUAAUUUUUGUGGUUGGAAUCUGUAUGUUAAAAUUUAAUUGGUAACCAAGUCUGAGAGCUACACUGUCAUGCCUUCCUGUCAGACCUAGAUGAUCUUUGUUCUUUGAUUUUAAAAUAAUAAUUGCACCUGACACGUGAACGUGGACCACCCACAACCAAAAUUAAAUAUGUGAUGAGACAAAUAUAGUAUUAGAUGACCACAGUAAAAACACAUAAGGUCCAAACUGGAUUCACAUUUCACAUAGCCAUUUAGAUUACCAAAGAGACUACGUGUAAACAGUCAUCAUUACAGUACGCAAAACACUAAAACAGCUUCUAGCGAAAUGUAUCAAAGCUUGCAGAAGCCAAAAAUAGAAAACAUCUCCCUCACCUCUCCCUACUCCACACACACACAAACACACACGCCCUCAAUAGAGAUACAGAAACAGGUUGGUAAGGAGUAAUGAGAUUCUCCUGCAUUCAAAAAUGGCAUCUUUGCUUGAUAUUGAGACAGAAUUCUGGUCCCCUUUGCAGCUGGAUUGUGCUACUGAAGGAAACGCAGUUCCAGCCCUGAAUAAUGUAUAUUUUUUAAAAAUGUCAUCACAAUUCUGGGAGCUCUGCCUCUGUGGGAUUAUUAACUCCCCGCCACAAUGUCAAGGUACAUAGCCACAAAUGUGUGUCCAUCUGAGUGCUGAUUCUGAGGCGAUUCCUCAUAAAGAUACAGAAUCCCUUCCUCCUCCUACCUCCCAAAAGGCUGAACAGUGUA